CGGCGCUGACGCGUUGACGUCACGGGAGCGUAAGGUGCUGGGCUGGAGCAUUCGCUGCGAUGGCGACGACGGCUCCGCGCUGGAAGGGGACGCAGUGAAGCUGGCCUCGGCUUGGAUAUGACGAAUGUCUUUUUCAUCGAGAUCGGUUUGCUGCUUAGUUUUUGCAUGGGCUUCGGGUGACUCUUCGGGCUCCGACUUCUCAACGACUGCUUUUAUCCGGAUUUCCAUGUCUUACCUGUGAGUUUCCAAACACAAUCAACAGGACUGCUUCUCGUCCAUCGCUGGUAGUCUGUGACUGAUUUGGGCCCGAGUUCCUGGUUGGGUGACCCACACUCCUUCACAGGGGCCAUGGAGGAGGAGGGGCAGAAGAGCCUGGAGUGUAUCCAGGCCAAUCAGAUCUUCCCCAAGAAGUCCCCCGUCCUGGAGGAGGAGAACAUGCAGGUGCCCUUUCCCGAGCUGCAUGGCGAGUUCACAGAGUACGUGGGGCGAGCGGAGGACGCCAUCAUCGCCACGUCCAACUACCGCCUGCACAUAAAGUUCAAAGAGUCCGUCGUCAACGUCCCCCUCCAGCUGAUCGAGAACGUGGAGUGUCGGGACAUGUUCCAGCUUCACGUCACCUGCAAGGACUGCAAAGUCGUCAGGUGUCAGUUCUCCACCUUUGAGCAGUGUCAGGAGUGGCUCAAGCGCUUAAACGUGGUGGUGCGCCCCCCCUCCCGUCUGGAGGACCUUUUCUCCUUCGCCUUCCACGCCUGGUGCAUGGAUGUGUACGCCGGCGAGAAGGAGCAGCACGGCGAGCUGUGCCGGCCAGGAGAGCACGUGACCUCCUGGUUCAAGAACGAGGUGGAGAGGAUGGGCUUCGACACUCAAAACGCCUGGCGGAUCUCCGACAUCAACAGCAAGUUCAGGCUGUGCCCCAGCUAUCCCCAGCAGCUCCUGGUGCCGGCCUGGAUCACCGACAAGGAGCUGGAAAACGUGGCCGCCUUCCGCUCCUGGAAGAGGUUUCCUGCCGUGGUCUACAGGCACCUGAGCACGGGGGCCGUGAUCGCCCGCUGCGGCCAGCCGGAGGUCAGCUGGUGGGGCUGGAGGAACGCCGACGACGAGCACCUGGUCCAGUCCAUCGCCAAGGCCUGCGCCGUGGACGGCAGCUCCCGCAAACACCUGCUCAACGGCAGCUGCUCCAACGGCUCCGACCUGCCCGACACCGACUUUGAGUCCUCCUUGACCAACAGCUCGGAGGCGGAGACGCUCGCCAUCCAGCCCCACAAACUGCUGAUCCUGGACGCCAGGUCCUACGCGGCGGCCGUGGCCAACAGGGCCAAGGGUGGCGGCUGCGAGUGCCCAGAGUACUACCCCAACUGCGAGGUGGUGUUCAUGGGAAUGGCAAACAUCCACUCCAUCCGCAAGAGCUUCCAGUCUCUGCGCUUUCUCUGCACUCAGAUGCCCGAUCCAGCCAACUGGCUCUCGGCUCUGGAGAGCACCAAGUGGCUGCAGCACCUGUCGCUGCUGCUGAAGGCGGCGCUGCUUGUGGUCAACGCCGUUGACCGGGACCACCGGCCCGUCCUGGUGCACUGCUCCGACGGCUGGGACCGCACGCCCCAGAUAGCUGCCCUGUCCAAGCUGCUGCUGGACCCCUACUACCGCACCAUCGAGGGCUUCCAGGUUCUGGUGGAGACGGAGUGGCUGGACUUUGGCCAUAAGUUUGCUGACCGCUGCGGCCACGGGGAGAACUCAGAGGACCUGAACGAGCGCUGCCCGGUCUUCCUGCAGUGGCUGGACUGUGUGCACCAGCUGCAGAGGCAGUUCCCCUGCUCCUUCGAGUUUAACGAGGCCUUCCUGGUGAAGUUGGUGCAGCACACCUACUCCUGUCUGUUCGGCACCUUCCUGUGUAACAGCGGGAAGGAGAGGGAGGACCGCCACGUCCAGGAGAGGACCUGCUCGGUGUGGUCGCUGCUCCGACCAGCCAACAGGACGCUGAGGAACAUGCUGUAUUCGUCCCACUCCGAGGCCGUUCUGCACCCGGUGUGUCAUGUGCGCAACCUGAUGCUGUGGACGGCCGUCUACCUGCCCAGCUCCUCGCCGACCACGCCCUCCGACGACUCCUGCGCCCCCUACCCCAUGCCUGGUGCCAACCCGGAGGACGCGCCUCUGGGCAGAUGCACCAAAACUCGGUCGUUCGACAAUCUGCCGAGCGCCUGCGAGCUGGGGAGCUCGCUGCCCCCCAACCGGCGCUCCAGCGACCCCAGCCUCAACGAGAAGUGGCAGGACCACCGGCGCUCCCUGGAGCUCAGCAUGGCCGUGGGGCCAGAGGCAGGGAGCGGCCCGGAUCAGGAGGCCCGGCCCAGCGGGGCGGGGCCGGACCACCAGCUGGAGGACGGCCCGCCGCCCCGGGACCAGGACGCCGCACAGGACGCCCAGGAGGCGGAGCUGUCGGUGCCGGUGGGUGUGGCCGAGGGCCAGAUGGAGAAUAUUCUGCAGGAGGCUAGCAAAGAGGAGGCGGGAGCCGCCCCGCGGAAGGGGAGAAGGGCCUCUGAGGUCCUCAGCCCCCCCGACGUGGAGAAGGAGAUGGAGGCAGAGGUCCAGGAGGAGGUCCAGGAGCAGAGGCCAGAGCCCGCCGACGGCCCACCUGCAGAAAACGCGCUGACGGCGCCCGAGGAGGAAGGCGACUCUGAGGCUGACUCGAAAGAGGGUGACUUGAAAGAGGGUGACUCUGAGGAGGCGGACCAGCCGGCGGCCUCCGCAGGCCCGCAGGAGGCCCAGCAUGGAACCCCCGAGCCCUCUUUACCCGAGAACAGAACUUUAACCAAUGGCUUUGUGGACGGGUCACCCGACUCUGAACACGAGCCCGAGCAGGCCGAGCCGGUGGAUAAGAGGGCGUCCCUGAUGGAGAGCUCCACAGAGACUCUGACUGAAGAGGCCUGCGGCCGGCCGGAGCCUCCAGCGGCGCCGUCCAGCUGCACGCCCCCCCCGCCAUGCAGCGAGGGGGGGACGGACCCCUGCUCCAGGCAGGAGACGGGCGUGGAGACAGGCGUGGAGACGGGCCUAGAGGCGGGCCUAAAGAAUGGCCCAGAGAACGGCCCGGAGAACGGCCCAGGGACAGGUCCAGGGACAGGCGAGCACGGCCCGAGCAGGACUCCACACCGGGGCAGCUGGCAGCCCUCCGUCAGUGCCUUACAGCCUGCUGACCCGGGCCGGGACGGGCUCUGCAACGGGGACGGCGCCGACGCCGACCCCAGCGGGGGGGCGCCCUGGCCCAGAGGCGGCGGGGAGCGGGCCCCCCUGAGCCGCCAGGUGUCCCAGGCCAGCUGCAACUCCCUGAUCCUCCACCCGCGGGGCAGCUGCUCCCAGCACCGCUGGUGCCACGGCGCCACCGGCCGGGCCGCCGCCAGCCCCGAGCAGCCGUCCCGCAGCCACCUGGACGACGACGGGCUGACCCUGCACACGGACGCCAUCCAGCAGCGGCUCAGGCAGAUCGAGGCGGGGCACCAGAUGGAGGUGGAGACCCUGAAGAAGCAGGUCCAGGAGCUGUGGAGCCGGCUGGAGAACCAGCAGCACGCCGGCUCGCACCGGCUCAACGGCGACACGGGAGACGAAGUGACCUCCAUGACCGACUCGGAGUACAACCUGGACCCCAACUGCCUGUCCCGCUGCAGCACCGAGCUCUUCUCAGAGGCCAGCUGGGAGCAGGUGGACAAGCAGGACACUGAGGUGACCCGCUGGUACCCCGACCACCUGGCGGCCCAGUGCUACGGCUGUGAGAGCAGGUUCUGGCUGGCGGCCCGGAAGCAUCACUGCAGUGGCAGGGAGCCUGUCAAGGAGGUCUGGAACUGCGGUAACGUCUUCUGCGCCAGCUGCUGCGACCAGAAGAUCCCCGUGCCAAGCCAGCAGCUGUUCGAGCCCAGCCGCGUGUGCCGGAGCUGCUACAGCAGCCUGCAGCUGGGCCCCGCCCCCCUGGACCGCCAGCUGGACAAGCCCAUCGCCGCCAGCUCCAACUGACCCCCCCGCAGCUGGCCGAGGGAGCCCCCAGAAUGUGCUGUGUGAGUGAGCGUGCGUGUGUGUGUGUGUGUGCGUGUGAGUGUGUGCGCUGCAGGUUGACUUUAUUAUGUGUAUAUACAGAGGACGCAAUGCCAAGCGCUCUGUGUGUGUGUGUGAGGUCAGAGGAGUGAGAAUGGACAUCCUGGGCGUCUCUGAGAGCUCCAAUAUCUGUCUGGGGGGGGGGGGGCAAACACCCCCAGAGGUGGGAAACCCAAAGGGUCACUCACCCCAGCAACCACAAACAGUCCAGCCCCUUUCAAAGCGACUUUUACUUUGGCUGAACGCUCAUUUUAUUCAUUCAGUCAGUAAAAAGUCAGAGACGUGUGAACUUUGGCCUAAAAUGGCUUUUUCAGAGAGACCAAAACCAACCAACCAACAAGAAUGUUCCCCUUUUGGCACUUUUUAGGGCAGUUCUCCCACUUUUCUGAUGAACCCGGGUGGCCACUUCAGCUCAGCGGGUGAACUGGACCUUUGGCUGACCACAUCUGUUUGCCUUUGGGGCAGAUGUGCGAGCGAAGGCGUGUCGUGCUCUCUGAACCCCGACUCGGGCCUUACAGGUCGGGGCUCAGGCUGACGGCCGUUUCUCAGCCCUCUGGUGGAAAUCUGAAGCAGAGGUAUGAGACUUAACCCCGAUUGGCUGAAUCUGCGUUUUGAGCUCGGCCAGCGAGACGCCCGCCCAUUCAGUGACCUCCUCGCACACACAACGACACCUUCUCCCUCUUUUUGUAAGAUAAAUGAAUGAAAUAAUAUAUUCAGAUAUCUAUAUAGCAUUUACGAAAAGUGUAUAGAAUCCUUAAAUAGUGGCUCACUUAAUUAGUCACCAAAUUUUUAAACUUUUCUUUGUUUUCUCAUGUUGAUAAUUGCAGAAAAAACCUAUUUUGCAGCCCGUUUGAGACGUCGGGCGUCUAGUUGAGUUUUUUUUUUUUCCUUUUGUUUUGUUUUUUAAACUGAGAAGCAGGUUGUCCUGUUCUGAUGCUGCAGUGGUUUUCCCUUUGAAAUGCGAUCAUUACUUUGAGUUUAUUUAUUGAGGUUUUGUCGUUAAAUCGCUGUUUAAAAGAGAAGAUAAAAAAAAAAAAAGAAAUCCAUUGCCACAGGAUAAUCAGUGUUCAGGAGACGAGGGGAGGAGCGGGUGGUUUUGGGUCUGGUCUCAGCCAAUCAGAGCGGGACCAGCGGAGGCAGGGAUUUCUCAGUCAUCAGGAGAAGGGAUGGAGGCCCAAACAAGCAGCCUGAACCCAAAAAUGACCCCCCGCCUCCCCCCUUUGUUCUCCUUUAUUUCUAACACAAUAAACAAUCUACAACACUACCUCUGAUUUAUACCCACAUCCAUUCAUAACCGCUCACCAUUUUUAAAAAAAAAAGGCCUUCGUUUAGGACAUUUGUCUCUCUUUAAAGGUACGACGUGUUUGAUGAGACUGCCAAUCUCCCCUUAGUGGUUUAGGUGAACCGCUCCUGCUCCGUUUGAGGGCUUUGAGUGUUUGCUGAGAGGCGGGGGGGUUUCAUCUGGUGACCGUAAAACAAACGCACCUUUUUUCUGGGCCCCCGGGGGGGCAUGGAUGCUGUCAUUUCUUUGGACUAAAAACCCCCGGACGGGCUUCACAAAGCCCACUUUUUAUUUGCUUUUAGUUUGCAAACCAGAAGCUGUUUUGGGUCAGAUUUUCAGGCUGGUUGUCUAAAAAAUAAUCCACGAAUGUGAAUUAUUGAAAUCCAAUUAAAGUAGAAAAAAAGAGGAAGAGAAAAAAAAGAGGCUGUUUUUUGCACAUUAAGUAGACACUGCCACGCGGCGCGUUCACGUAAAUCUGCGAGUCUUAGCUGCGCGUGCACGCUUUCCCUCCCACGUGGCACCUGUUGGCACGCGCGUCGCCGUGCUUCUGUUUUCCUUUUUCCUCCCCGACACGUGUUGCGUUUUCUCUCCCGCUCCGCGCGCGCUGACGUCACUGCCGCCGGGCCCAGGAACAGGCUCGACGCGUGUGCGUGCGUUUGCGCGUGCGUGCCUGAGUGGCUUUCUGGUGGAGACUGGUGCCAAGCAGUUUUCUUACGGGUCUCUCGCAAAGGGAUCGGUAUGUUUGUGUUGUCCCCCCCCCCUCUGCUCGGUAAGCACUUUGAACUUUGAACUUCUGGCUGUCGGUCGGAGGCGCGUGGAGCUGUACAUAGAUAGCCACUUCCUGUAACAAGUGCUCCUUGUUCAGUCUGAAUAUUUUGUUUUGUUGGAUUUACUUUACAGAGCAUUACGUUGUUGUAGAAUUCAAAGGAGAAAUAAACUAGUCGAACCUACUGUGUUUUUUUCUUGUCUUUUUCUUUUUUUUUCU